CUAGCUUGGUUGCGCUUUCGUUAGCCUGACGACGUUGUGGGCGAAGGGGGAGGUAAGAAAUUAUUUAGGGGGAAGAAAGAAAGAAACAAAGUUGUCGACUGUGCAGUGCUCACGGGGAGGGAUUUUUAUUUAUCACGAGCGGCUCUUUUAGUCCUGCACCGGCCUGCUGGGGGGUUGAUUCGAGUGUAACGGCGCGCCGGUUUUCCCCUCAGUUCCUGCUGUCCUCCCAAACUUCCCCGCUGCUUUCCUACCGAGUCCCGAACAGGAUUUCUCCUUUGAAAACGGGAAUGAUAAAAGGAGUCGAGCACAGGCGGAUGGACGGAGGAGUGUAAAGCCAGUGCGGUGUGUGCGCUUUCCAUUGGCUCGCUUACAGCUAAAAUACGCCUUUUCUGUCAUUAUUUUCCCUCCUCCGAGCAACUUUUCCCCCUGAGAUGAAUGGCAGAAGUCGGGUGAGUCGACUAUCUGCGAACAAGCGGAUUUCUCCUUUUCUCGUCUACACUGGACCCACAUGAAGAGGUGAUAGCCUGCAUCCUGCUGAACCUCUCUCUCCCUCCCUCGCUCUCUCUCUCUCCCCGCUUUGUGCUUGUUUAAGAGGAAAUUCAAACCCCAGACUGGAGGAGAUCCGCGAUAGCAGCCCGAGACUUGGCUCGAGUGUAUUUAAGUCUUCUUUUUAAAAACUUUAAACAGAGACCAUGCAGCUGUGGAGCCACAUGAGGGUCCACAAAGGAGGCCCUCUGCGAUCAUAGGUCCACGCAGAAGUCUCCUGGAUGUCUGUCUCUCCUGUUUCCUGGCUGGAUUGAAUUGUGUUAGUAAUUUUUUUUGUACUCCAAUGGAUUCUUCCUCAACACAGCCUACCUGUACCUGUGGAUUUACCACAUGAGGGCAGCCAGGUGACUCACAGGACUCAAGUCAUGUAACCACCCUGUAAUGUCUUAAAAGUUUUUAUUUAUCUGCUCUUUUUUUGUAUUUAUUGUAUCUGUAUAGUCGGGGUCCUGCUUUUGUUUUUGUUUUGUAGCUUUGAGCUAGAUUCGAGGCCAGUUUUUAAUUUCUUGUUACAGAUUUUAUUGUAGCCGUCACGAGGGAAAAACUGUAGAUUUCAGUCUUUGUUCUGCUGUACGUCCACUCACACUGUAUUUGAGUGCAGUACUCUGUAACAUUUUAAAAAAACAGAGAGGGGGGGAGUUGCUGUAAGACUUGACUUUGCCCAGGCAGGUGUGUGUGAGAGGGAGCACAGGAAGGCUUAAUCAUGGACAGGCCGAUAAGCAAGCUGCUGGAGAAGCUGAAGCUAACGGACUCGGGGAGUGUGAAAUUCAACGUGUCGAAGAAAAAGCACGACUCCUCCAGCAACUCCAAUAACAGCAACGCCAACGCCGGCGUCCCCGCGGGCGGCAGCGGAGGAGGGGGCAGCGGUCUGCCGCUGGCUCCCAGCUCUGCAGCUGCCUCGCCCGCAAGACCCGGCCAGUUCCCGCUUGCCUCGGCAACCACAAGUGAUCCAUGUGUGCCAGCAAGUGGGAGAGGAGGAGGAGGCACAGGAGGAGGAGGAGGAAUGGGAAUGACUUCCUCUCAGCUCCUCACCACACCAUCUACUUCCUCCACGGUGGGCACCAUCCCCCCAGAUGUUGAGCAACCGCCUCACCCCUCUACCUUGGCACCACUGAGGCGUCCCUCCUCUCAGCAGCGGGCUUCCUGCUACCUGGGUGAAGGUGUAGACUCCCACCUCAGGCGUGAGUCCGGCCUGGGUCCCGAGUGCGACCCCAUGGGAGCGUUCGGCUCCAAGGCGUCCCUCAAUCAACGUCGAUACUCAUUGGAGCUUCAGCAGCUGGUCCAACGGCAGCAGCUCCUGUCCCAGCCGCCUCCACUCUCCGUCCCGCCGCCGUACCCUGCUGCCGUGGGAUAUGGAUCGGCGCCCAGAGGCGGCGGAGGCGGCUUGGCUGAGCCCGGCUACCUCUCUGAGCCCGAGCGGCACAAACGCCUGUCUCUCCAGGAAACCCUGUUCUACAAGCGGCUGAGCACAGGCAACGAUCUGUGGGAGAGCACCCGGCCGGCAUCCCUCUCUCAUCCUCCGCAUCGCCCAUCUGAUAUGAGCGGAGGAGGUGUAGGAGGAGGAGGAGGAGGCCUCUUUUACCCACCAGGGCCAACCCUGAGUCCGUGCUCAUCCUUCAGCUUCCAGGAGUCCGUGCUGGUCAGCCCCAGGUCCAGCUUUGCCUCCAGCACGGCCAGUGGAGGUGGAGGAGGGAGUCCCAUGGGGAGCCGCUGCAGCAGCAACCGGACCAGUGGCAUCAGCCUCGGCUACGACUUGCGCUAUUCUGCAUCCGGAGGCCUCCCUACCCAGCAGCAGUCCCCGUCUGUGCCGACCGGAGGCUCUGCAACUGGAUACGGAGUCCCGGGCAGGGCCGGGGUGACCCCCGUAGAGGCCUGGACUCAGUACCUGGAGGCAGGGAUUCGUUCAGGUGUGUACGAUAGCCGUCACUCCUACCCACCUGCGGUUGGGAGUCCCGCGGCAACGUGCUAUCAGACAGCUCCAGAUUGGUGGGAAGAGCAGCAGACGGGCAUACGAGGCAAAGAUCCAGGCACGAUGGGAGAGAGGGCCCGAUACUCAGACCUGCCCGGCACCCGAUACCAGGAAGAGCUGACCCGACUUCUGCUGAGAGAUGCUGCGCUGGAGGGCGAUGGGCUGCUGGAGGGCCUGAUGCUGAAGGAGCAGGCUCUCAGCCUGACGCCUCACGCCAAAUCGGGCGUCACGCCAGCAGGAGGGCUGGCCAAACCUCAGGAGGAACCAGGAGCCUUGCCUGGGAGAGAGGCAACAGAAAACCGGCAGGAGUUCUUUGGAACCUGCGUGAAGUGUGGGAAAGGAGUGUACGGGGCGGAUAACGCCUGCCAGGCUCUGGACAACCUCUAUCACACUCGCUGCUUCACCUGCGUGUCCUGCGGACGCACCCUGAGAAACAAGGACUUCUACAAUGUCAACGGCUCUGUGUACUGUAAAGAGGAUUACAUGUUUUCGGGAUUCCAGGCGGCUGCAGAGAAGUGUAGCGUGUGUGGCCACCUUAUUCUCGAACAGAUCCUGCAGGCUCUUGGGAACUCGUACCAUCCCGGUUGUUUCCGCUGCGUGGUGUGCUCCAAGGCUCUGGAUGGGGUGCCUUUUACCGUUGACCAGCACAGCAAAAUUUACUGCGUUGCAGACUACAACAAGACUUUUGCCCCGAAGUGCGCUGCCUGUUUACAACCCAUCUUGCCUACUGAGGGCAGUGAAGACAUCCUCAGGGUCGUGUCUAUGAACAAAGACUACCACUUUGAGUGCUACCACUGUGAGGAGUGCGGCAAGCAGCUCUCCGAUAAGCCCGGCUCGCAGUGCUUCCCUCUGGACUCCCACCUCCUCUGCCACUCGUGCCACGUGAACAGAGUGUGCGCCACACAUAACAUCCCCCCUCACAACACACACUGAUCGGCUUCUAUGCAGCUGUAGAUUUAUUUUUAUGUAAAAGCUGGUCUUAAUAUGCUGUCCUUCCCCCUCCCAUUCGCUCUUUCUUUACAACAAACCUGCUGAGAUUGAGAUGUUUUCACACUUCACCUUUAUUUUGUCUGACUUGGAUCAGUUUCUGAUUGCCACAUGUACUGCCUGCUGUACUUCUUGUACUAUUACUGUACAACAGUUAAAAGGGAACAGGAAAACUACUGCUUUUUUAAUUCUUUACCCUAAUGUGGCUACUGUUUGCUGUAGAGAAAUGAGGGAUUUUUUUGUUUUUGUACAUACAUUAUUGCUAUCAGAAGUUUUGCACUUAAAUUUACUUUACUGUAAGAGAUUUGUUACGUGAAUCUGUACAAGUUGGAAAAAACAUUACUGUAAUGAUUAUGUUGUAAUAAAUAUUUUCUCUGCUCACACAGAUUGUGUAGCUAGGUCAAAAUUCAAA